AUGAGUCCAGAAGAUAUAGUUCAGAAAUCUACCCAGUUAUUGGAUCCAUUAUCUGGUAAAAGUGUUCAAGAGGUUGUAGAAUUUUACAGUGUGUUUGAUCCCAUAAGCUCGAAAGAUUUGAAAGAACCAUUGGAUUUUGAAAACGAAUUCUUCCAAGAGCAUUGCGAAUUUGUUGAGUUAAAGAAUGGUGCCAAAGUUCGAGUAUGUCGUAAUUUACACCAGGGUGAGCAACCUGGCAGAAUCUGGCUUUUUUUCCAUGGUUUGGGAGGCAAUAUUACUCAAUUUGAACCAAUUUUAAGGGUCUUAGAUGCCCUUGAUGAACAUUUCUUGGCAAUUGAUUUGCCUGGUUUUGGUGAAAGCAGUGAAUGGGCAGAGUAUCCGAUGCUUGAAGUUGUCAAAUGUGUGGAUUCGGUAGUGGGAGACGUCAACAAGCUCGUAUUAGUCGGUCAUUCUAUGGGCUGUCAUUUGGCACUUCAUUACCAGCACUUGUUUCGCGAACAUAGAAAAAUCGAAAGGAUAAUUUUCCUGACGCCUGCCAGUGCUGUAUUGCCGCUAUUGAGACGUCGAGCGGUGCGUGGUGCUUUGCUUGUUAUGUUUUAUAUGCCAUUUUUGUUCGAUUAUUACAGAGAAAACUUUGACCAGAAUAAAGGCUUGAAAAGCUCUGGAAUCGUGAAAUUCUUUUACGAGGGCCAUCCUUAUCGCAAACUAUGGCAGUUUUCUCGUAAUGUCAAGAUCAAUAGUCGCUCCAUUAUUGGUUAUUUUAGAGGCUGGGAACCCAUUACGUGGGACACGCUGACACUCGAUUUCGAUUGCGUCGUUGUUGGUGCAGAUCAUGAUCCUAUCACGCCGCUGGACGGUGUAAAGGAAUUUUACAAUAGACUCACCACCGCACAUUCCGCAGAACUUGUUGUCUUAGGGGAUUGUUCUCACAACGUUUGUCUAGAUCAACCUGUAAAAGUCGCCGAACUAUUUCUGCGGCUUGCGUCGCAAUAA